AAUGAGGGCAUAGUUGGAAAUUCGCUUUUUUGUUUUUUAAAUUCUUUUAACAGGACAAUUAUUUGGAAGUACCCGGGAAACCGGACAGCAAUGGCGGCUCAUGAAGUCUUGAAAUUCCGACCAAAAGUCUCCGCUUCUCUUGAGAGCAACCAAACAUGAGCAAUCAUCAUUAAGAUUCAUCAUCUCCAUUUAUCUAUAACAUUGUAAACUUUCCUCUGUUUCUUCACUACCGCUGUCAAUGGCGGAAAUAAUUGUAUCACCUUUGCUACAGGUGGUCUUUGACAAGUUGGCCAAUUCAUUACUAGAACAGAUUGCUAGCAGACUUGGCCUCAAGAAAGAGGUUAGGAAGCUUCAGCGAACCUUGUAUGUGAUACAAGCAGUGCUUGCGGAUGCAGAAGAACAGCAAUUGAACAAUGGAGCUCUGAGAAUUUGGCUAGCUGAGCUUAAGGAAGUUGCUUACGAGAUGGAAGACUUGCUUGAUGAGUUUUCUCUUGAAGCUAUGCAAUCUAGGAAUCAGGGUAGCUUUGCUGAACAGGUACGCUCCUUUAUUCCUUCCCUGGUACAGGCAGCCGGUUGUGUCAAUUUGUUACCUAGAUUAGAGCAGAUCAAGGAGACAUUAGAAUUGUUAGCUGAAGAGAAGUCUAGUUUCAAUUUGAGAGAUGCUAAUAGUUAUAGAGGUAGCAGAAGAAGAGGGAGGAGGCAAACUGGGUCAUUUAUAGUUGAAUCAGAAGUUUUUGGGAGAGAAGAGGAUAAAGGUAGGAUAAUAGACCAAUUGCUUUCAAGCAAUAAUUCAACUCUGGGGGAUAUUUCAGUUGUUUCCAUUGUUGGUUUAGGUGGUCUUGGUAAGACAACGCUUGCUCAGUUAGUCUACAACAAUGAAACAGUUGCAGCACAUUUUGAUUUGAAGAUGUGGGUCUGUGUCAGUGAUGAUUUUGAUGUAGGAAAAAUCAUGGUCUCCAUCAUAGAAUCUGCCAGUAAAAAUAGAUGUGACAUCUUAGGGAUGGAUGUAUUGCAGUUUCGACUACAAGAAUUGCUACUUGGGAAGAGAUACUUGCUGGUGUUGGACGAUGUGUGGAAUGAAGAUGACAGCGAAUGGGAGAAGUUAAGAAUGUCACUAAGGAGUGGUGUGGAAGGAAGUAGAAUCAUCGUCACUACACGUAGUAAAAAAGUGGCAUUGAUAAUGGAAUCAACAUACACACAUCAAUUGGAAGGUCUAUCUGAUGAUUAUUGCUGGUCUUUGUUCAAGCAACGAGCUUUUGGCAACAAUGAGAAGGAGCACCAGAACUUGUUUCCUAUUGGUAGGCAAAUUGUCAAGAAGUGUGCAGGUGUGCCUUUAGCAGCAAAGACUUUGGGAAGUCUAAUGCGAUUCAAAAGAGAAGAAAGAGAGUGGUUGGUUGUCCAAGAGAGUGACCUCUGGGAUGUAUCUCAAAGUGAAAAUGGAAUUUUACCUGCCUUAAGAUUGAGUUACAGUCACUUACCACCACACUUGAAAUUCUGCUUUGCAUACUGUGCAAUAUUUCCCAAAAAUUACAUAAUAAAACGGGAGAAGUUAAUCCAGUUGUGGAUUGCAGCAGGUUUAAUUCAAUCACCAGAAGGAAGAAGGUCGCUAGAAUAUUUUGGAAAUGAAUAUUUUGAUGAUCUAGUGUGGAUGUUUUUUUUUCAAGAUAUUCACAAGACUGAAAGUGGCUACAUAACUGAUUGUAAAAUGCAUGAUCUCAUUCAUGAUCUUGCACAGUCAAUAGUGGGAAAUGAAUUCAAGAUGCUGGAGCGUGAUAGUGUAACAGAAGAUCUAUCUGAAGUUCGUCAUUCAACAGUGGUUUGUAAUUUCAGCUUAUAUACAGUCCCAGAAGCUUUGUAUGCAGCAACAAAGUUACGAUCCCUCAUCUUAUUGCUCCCAAAAGGUGACCUUGGAGAAGUUCCCGGAGGAAUAUUUUCAAGUUUUAGACAUUUGCGGGUCCUGGAUUUAAGUGGUAGUGGCAUCAAAAAGUUGCAUGAUUCAAUUUCCUCUGCCAUAUUUUUGAGAUAUCUUGACAUCUCUAGCACCCAUAUUGAAAACUUACCUGAAAGCAUCUGCAGCCUUCGCAACUUACAAGUGUUGAACCUUUCAGGUUGCUAUAAUCUCACUGAACUACCAAGUGGCAUAACCAAAAUUUAUAAACUGAGACAUUUGAUGAUAAGUGGCUGUGAGAGACUAAUUACAAUGCCACCUUGCAUAGGAAAACUUGAGUACCUUCGAACAUUGUCUAUGUUUAUUGUGGGAAAGGAUGCCGGUCAACACCUUAACCAGCUGCAAAAUCUAAACCUUGGUGGAGAGCUUUAUAUAAGACAGUUACAGAAUGUAAGGGAUGCAACGGAGGCAACGGAAGCUCACUUGAUAGGAAAGCGAAACCUUCAAUGCUUGAGUCUGUGUUGGGAAAGUGACUUUAAUGGCCUAAAUGGGAAUUUUGCUAAUGAUGAAAUGUUAGAAGUUCUCAAUUGCCUCCAACCACAUCAAAAUCUGGAGAAGUUGUCCAUUAGAGGUUACCAAGGAAUCUAUUUGCCUAGAUGGAUGAAUGUUCAUAAACUUCCAAAUAUAAUUGAACUCACAUUGAUUAGCUGCAGGAGAUGUAAAUAUCUCCCUUUGUUGGGUCAACUUCCCCUCCUUAAGGUCCUCUCCUUGCAAGGGAUGGAUGCAGUGGGAAACAUUGGAGCAGAAUUCUAUGGUGAAGGCACUGGUAGACCGUUCCCUUCAUUGAAAGAGCUAGCACUAAUAGAUUUCCCUUCUUUAGAAUUCUGGUGGGGUUUCAACAGGAGAGAGGAAUUCCCUUCUCUGGUCAAAUUAACACUCAAAAAAUGUUUUAGGUUGCAAAACAUGCCAUGGAUGCCAUCUCUUCGGCAUCUGGAGCUACACAGUUGCAAUGAAAUGGUACUAAGGUCGGCAUCGAACCUAACUUCUCUAAGCAUCCUUGUGAUAGAUGAAUUUGUAGAGCACUUGCUCUACUUGGAGAAGCUGCUCCAAAACAAUCCUCUUCUCAUGUCUCUUAAGAUUAGCUCUUGUCCAAAGCUUCACUCCAUCCCUCCAAGUUUAGGAAAACUCAUCAAUCUGAAAUCAUUAGCAAUUUGCUGGUGUGAAGAGCUACAUUCAUUACCUCAAGGAUUGCAAAACCUCACCUCCUUGGAGUCUCUGGAGAUAAUUGAAUGUCCUAGUCUUAUUUCCUUGCCAGAGGGUAUACAAGGCCUGCGCUCUCUUCGAUCAUUGUCAAUUGAGAACUGCAGUAAUCUCAAGUUCUUACCAGUGGAGUUGCAAUUUCUGACGGUCCUUGAGUACUUAACAAUAAUGUACUGUCCAAAUUUGGCAUCUCUACCUGACAGUUUCCAACGUCUGUCUGCUCUUAAGAGUUUAUCAAUUUUGAAUUGUCAAGAGUUGAAAUGUCUUCCCGAGGGGUUACAAUAUGUCACCUCAAUGCAGAAUCUAGAAAUUCGAAGCUGUCCCGGUCUGAUGGCUUUGCCAGAAUGCAUAUCAGGGCUUACCUCACUCAGAUCUUUGGCAUUAUCAGAUUGUCAUAAUCUAACUUCCCUCCCUAGUGGUCUGCAGUCUCUUGGUUCCCUUCAGCAUUUAUCUAUUCUAGAAUGUCCAACUCUGGAAGAGAGGUGCAAGAAGGAUACAGGUGAAGAUUGGCCUAAAAUAAGUCAUGUUGCACAUGUCUAUAUUGGAUCACGAGAGUUCGAAAGCAGCUCAUCUCAUUAAGAUUGAGAACUGCAAUUGCUUGCUGAUGCAGUUGAAUCAAGACUAAUGAGUUCAGCAUUUGAUGAUGUUCCAAAAGAUAGUUAGUUCUGCACAUUUUCAAUCAUGUUAAAGAAUUCCUUUCCUUUUAUAUAGAUCAUCCAUCACUGGACUCUUUCCAUCUUACAUCCAAGACUAUUCAAAUGAAGCAUAAAAUAAAGAAAUAGAAAGUAUUACUAUAUAUUUUUUAUUUUUAUCUCUUACGUUGAGGUUGUUUAAUCAAACUACACUUCAAAUUA